AUUGUUAAAUGAUCGAUGGCUGUACAUCGUGUUUAGUUCACGUACGUUCUCUUAUCUAGCUUCAGUAACAGCAGCCUUCUAUACCAGUGCGUAUAAAGGUUGCUCCCAAAAUACGCAAUAAUAAGUAUUCUUGCGAUUUUUUCAACUAUAACCUCCGAAGCAAUCAACAAUGAAGCUGCUUUACUUCUUUCUCGUUGCUUUCCUUUACGUCAGCGGAGCUCUAGGAGAUGGACUUAAAUGUACACUUAAGCCUGCAGAUGUACCAAAGUUAUGGUUAGAUAUGGUCGAACCAUGCUCAAAAAUUUUAGAGUCUCAGGUUAAAAUUGAAGUUGAAGCUGCUAUGACAUAUCUUGCAAUGGGUGCCCAUUUUGCACGUGACACAGUCAAUCGUCCUGGUUUUAGUAAAUUCUUCUUUGAUUCUGCUACUGAAGAAAGAGAACAUGCAAUAAAAAUCAUUGAAUAUCUGUUGAUGCGUGGUCAGCUUACAAAUGAUGUUAGCAAACUUUUAAAGUUUCCCCUGAAACCAAAACGUGAAGAUUGGAAAAAUGGUGUUGAAGCUCUUUCAGAUGCUCUUAAUUUGGAAGCUCAAGUAACACGUAGUAUUCGUGACAUCAUUAUAACAUGCGAAAGUCCAAAAUCUGUCAACUUCAAUGAUUAUCAUCUGGUAGACUACCUCACUGGAGAAUUCUUAGAGGAACAAUACAAAGGACAGAGUGAUCUUGCUGGAAAAAUUUCAACAUUGGGUAAAAUGAUGACAACACAUGGAUCGUUAGGAGAAUACCUAUUUGAUAAGAAACUUUUAAACAAUGAAUUGUAAUUUGUAUUUGAUGAACAAAAUCUUAUCCCAAUAAAUGUAUAUGAAAUUAUGGCCAUAUUUAGAAUAAAAUGUCUAACUUUUUGUUUGAUUUAAUUAUACUUUCAUAUAAACAUAAAUUUUAUUUCAUAUAGAAUAUUUUUCUAAAUAUGGUCUGUAAUAUAGAGUAUAUAAACAAACAGGGAACCCUAUUUACAAAUGUUUGUUAAUCUGUAAUAAAUAUGUUACUCAUACUAAAUGAAAUAAAUAUUUUAAGAUUUA